AUGACGCUUGACGAACCGAAUGAAAACUAUCCGGCAAGUUACUGGAGGAAAAGAUAUUGGGCAGAGAAGAAAGGCGACGAAGAAACGACUCGUCGACUUCAAACGGAGAAACUUGAGCUGACUUAUUUGACUCCAGCUGGAGAACAACAUCUUGCCCACGUGCUGAAAGCUGAAAAUACACGAUGCCAGAAAUCUAAUCAGCUACUAGCCCAGCAAGUUCGAGAUCUGGAGAAGGAGCUUCUUGCUGCAAAUGCUCGCUAUGAAGUACAGCAGCAAACAAUAUGCCUGAAGGAGAAGCACCAGGAAGCCAUGAAGCUGAAGCACCA